ACACAACCGCGCUGCUACUAAUCGACAUGCCAUGCAGCACAACUUCCUCUCCACAAACGGGUACCUCGCCAGGCUCUCCCCAAGCACCGCAUCCCGUUUCACGCCGUUGAUACCCACCAUCUGGGCUCUCCUUGCGGCCUUCCGCCGCGCCUCAUUCCCAGUGAUUUACACGCGCAAAGGCCACGUACCGAAUCUCUCCACGGUGUCGAGCCGCGAACUACACCGAUCCAAGGUCUCAGGUGCGCAGAUCGGGGCUCAAGAGCCCAUGGGGCGCUUUCUGAUCAGGGGAGAAUCAGGUCACGACAUCGUUCCUGAGCUGGUGCCGUUGUCAGGUGAAGUCGUGAUUGAUAAGCCAGGACGGGGUACGUUUACGAAUACAGAACUUGAUGCGGUAUUGAGGGCGAAAGAAAUCCGGAACCUGAUGGUCUGCAGCGUCACGGCCGAUGCGUGUGUAACCAGUACGGUGAGAGAGGCUAGUGAUCGUGGGUACGAUGUGCUGGUCGUCGAAAACGGGGUGGAGAGCAUGGAGCAUGAACGAGGAACUGAAGAGGUGGAGCCUGGAAUCAAUUAGGAUAGAGGGAGGGUUAUUUGGGGUGACUGCAGACAGCAAGGCCGUGUUGGAAGCAGUCGAAACCUGGGUCGGUCAUGAAACAAACCGGGAAUAACAUUAGGCUUAGGGUGGCAACGUGCGGAAGGCGACACUGCUGCAAGACAGUAUAAGUACCACAGUUGACAUCAUG